UAAACAUAUAUUAUCGUUUGUCUUCGGGAUUUUAUAAUAUAUUAAAUUAUAAUAAAUAGUGGAUUUUUUUGUUAAUAGUUAUUUUGUAUUCGCAUUGAAGAAUAUUCAAUUUAAUUUAUUCUGGAAACGUUUUUGUUAUUGAAGUGAUGGUGGAAUUUAAUUAAUUUUAAUUCAAAGACUCGAAGAUAGACUAAUAACGACAGUACGGCAGUGAGCACAACAAAAUCGGAUUAAUCAACACUCUCGGAUCGGAAGAAAGAAACAAUCAAAAGAACGACGCCGAUACCAAAAUUGUGGGCCAACACUAGUUAACCCACUGAAACCGAAACUAUGACUUUCCUUAGCGGGGCAGUGUGUCUGCUUCUGCUGACAACCCUUGCUAAUUCUUCAACACUUCGUCAUGAACCUGAAGGUAGAGAACCAGCUUUUGUGAGAUCUGCUGUCGAAAGUGUACCCCAAAAUGAACCCGAAAACCAUUCGGGAAGGUAUUCUUUGCGACCUACUUUUGGAGAGAUUUUCUUGCCACUUAGGAGCGCUGUGGAAAGUGUUCCAACAAUUCGAUCAGAUGACACUUUUCUGGGAAAAUCUUUCGUCCGUGCAUCUGUUGAAUCAGCUCCUGAAUUCGAUGCCACCCUCGAGGACCUGAUCGAAGAAGAUGAAGAAGAACUUGCUGAGCAAGCAACCCCCGUUAAGCCUGAGAAACUGAAGGCAGCCACAGUAGACGAUGAUGUAGAACCUCUUCCCGUCUUUCCAGCAGGUGAUGAAUAUGCAGCUUAUGUUGAACCUAGUUAUGAAAACGAUCUAGGGCCUGAGCCAUAUCGCAGUGGAUCACCUUAUCAACAACUUGUGACAGCAGAAGAGUUGCAAUUCCAGCGAGAAGAUGAGGCACGCUUUGAACAACUGAGAAGGGCACCCGCAACCAACACCAACAAGAAGAAUUUAAACCGGUCACCACAAGUUCUGUGCUACUUUACUAACUGGGCUUUCUACAGACAAGGUGAUGGCAAAUUUGUGCCCGAAAACGUUGAUGGAUCCUUGUGUACAGCUGUAAUUUAUUCCUUUGCCUCAUUGGACCCUGAUCUCUUGACAAUCAAGGAGUUCGAUCCAUGGGUAGAUGUUGAGAAUGGCUACUACAAGCGAGUCACUUCAAUCAAUGUACCAGUUUUGAUAGCUCUUGGUGGGUGGACCGACUCAACCGGAGACAAGUAUUCCCGUCUUGCAGCUGACGAGAUCAAACGCAAUGUAUUCGCAUCGAGUGUGGCAGGUUUCCUUCAGCGACAUGGCUUCAAAGGUCUCCAUCUGGACUGGAAUUAUCCCAAGUGCUGGCAGAGUGACUGCAAGAGUGGACCAGCAAGCGAUAAGCCUAAUUUCACCAAACUCGUUAAAGCUCUAAGAACCGAAUUCAAUCGUGUGGACAAUACCCUACAAUUGGGAGUAGCUAUUUCGGGAUAUCAAGAAAUCAUCGCUGAAGCCUACGAUCUCGCAGAACUCUCGAAACAUGCCAACUAUUUAACAGUCAUGUCUUAUGACUACCAUGGAGCCUGGGAACAGCAAACGGGACAUGUGAGCCCUCUAUAUGGCCGCAAAGGUGACAAGUACCCGCAAUACAAUACUGACUACGCUAUGCAAUUGCUUGUGAGAAAUGGUGCAGCUCCUGAGAAACUCAUAAUGGGUAUUCCUUUCUAUGGGCAGACCUUUACUUUGGAGGAAUCCAGCAAUCGACUUGUGGGAGAAGGAGCUCCAUCGUCGGGUCCUGGUGAACCAGGUGAACUUACAAAACAACCUGGAAUGUUGGCUUACUACGAAAUCUGUCAAAGGAUUCGCAAAAAUAAAUGGCAAGUUGGACGGGAUUCGGAGAGGAAGUCUGGCCCCUAUGCAAUGCUCCGUAAUCAGUGGGUUGGCUAUGAAGAUACUUCAUCGGUGGAAGCUAAGGCGCGAUAUGCAGCAAAUGCUGGCUUUGGUGGUGUUGCUGCUUGGACUAUUGAUUUAGAUGAUUUCCAGAAUAGAUGUUGCUCUGAAGCUUUCCCACUUCUGAAGGCUAUCAACCGAGCUUUGGGUCGAUUAGGAAGUGCUCCACCAUCUACUGGCAGUAACUGUGUUCGUCCACCACAACCUGUGACACCUGUUCCCCCAGUUAUGACAACAGCCAGUUCUGAUGGAGGUUCUGGAAAUGUCGGAAGUUACGAUUCCACCACUUCAUGGCCUUCAUGGGAAGCUUCAACAUCAACAACAUCAGCGCCGGCUCAUGUUCAUCCUACAACAAGUUCAACAACAACGACAACUACAACAACUCGAAGACCAUCCACUACUAGACGCACUACCACUUACAGCCCAGCAAUGGCCGAUGCCACAACGAUUCCAUCACCAGCUGUGAUCCAACCCGUUAUGGUUACAUCCAACUGCGUAGCUGGACAGUUCCUUCCACACCCAAACAAUUGUAACGCCUACUUCCACUGUGUGGCUGAUGGUGAAAUGACUCAGCAGUUUUGUGCCGGUGGUCUUCACUGGAAUCGUGAGAACAGCUAUUGUGAUUGGCCAGCAACAGCUAAUUGUAAGUCAGUUCCACACACAACAAAGGGUCCAAUUCAGACUCUAAACAGCAAGCCCCAGACCACUCACCGCAGAACGACAGCUCUGCCAAUUCAAGCUGAUUAUCCAACAACACCAAGGCCAGCAAUGCCGUCUAGAGCAUCUAGACGUCCCACACAACCACCAACAACAUCAAAGCCAUCAAGGCGUCCAAUUCAGUCAGAUUACCAAACGACAGCCAAACCUGUGGUAGCAGCGGUUAAGCCAUCGAAGCCCCCUACAGCUCCACGUCCAAAGCGACCCAAGAAGUGUAUGGCCGGCCAAUACUGGCCACAUAGAAACUGUGGACAAUACUACGUGUGUGUCAAUGAGGUGCUCAUUCCAAACAAUUGUGGAAAUGAUCUCCAAUGGAAUCAUGAAAAGAAAAUCUGUGACUGGCCAAGUAACGUCAAGUGUGUCUCCACAAAGAAAUAUCUGCGACUCAUCAACUCCAAGGCCUCCGAAAGUGACCCCUGUGAGGGAAAGAACUUCGUUCCAUAUCCAGGUGAUUGUGGAAAAUACCUGCGCUGUAACUGGGACCGUUUGGAGGCAGCCGAAUGUGGGCCAGGUCUGCAUUGGAAUCCUAAUCUGGACAUUUGUGAUUGGCCAGCGAACGCCAACUGUGUUCAGGGAGAAAUAGGAUUGGACGAAGGAAACAAUGUAAUUGACAAUGGUGAAAACGGUCUGGAGCCUUUGGAUCCACUCGAUCCAAGCCCACCUUCCACCACUACUGCUCGGCCAGUCACAACACCAAGGCCAACUUAUCCCACCGAUAGGCCUCAAGUUCAACCUCUCGACGGUUACUACAAGGUUGUCUGUUACUUCACUAACUGGGCUUGGUACCGUAAGGGACUUGGUCGCUACACUCCCGAUGACAUUAACACAGACCUCUGCACUCACAUUGUUUAUGGCUUCGCAGUUCUUGACUACUCAGAACUGACCAUAAGAACCCAUGACUCUUGGGCAGAUCUGGAUAAUAAGUUCUACACACGGGUGUCUGAUCUCAAGUCAAAGGGUGUCAAGGUCAGUUUGGCUUUGGGUGGUUGGAAUGAUUCCCAAGGUGACAAAUACAGUCGCUUGGUAAGGAAUCCAUCGGCCCGGGCUAAGUUUGUUAAGCAAGCUGUUGACUUCUUGGAAAGAUACGGUUUCGAAGGUCUUGACUUGGACUGGGAGUACCCAGUUUGCUGGCAGACUGAAUGUAGCAAGGGAAUCGCUGAUGAAAAGGAAGCUUUUACUGCUUGGGUAAGGGAACUCUCGGAUGCCUUCAAGCCAAAAGGACUUCUUCUAUCAACAGCAGUUUCACCUAGUAAGAAGAUCAUCGAUGCUGGUUAUGACGUCGCUGACUUGGCACGUUACUUCGAUUGGAUUGCUGUAAUGACCUACGAUUUCCACGGUCAAUGGGAUAAGAAGACUGGACAUGUUGCUCCACUCUACUAUCACCCGGAAGACGAUUAUGAUUACUUUAAUGCCAACUUCUCCCUGAACUACUGGAUCGAAAAAGGUGCUCCAUCGAGAAAGAUUGUCAUGGGAAUGCCACUCUAUGGUCAAUCUUUCACUUUGGCUGAUCCCAAGGAUAAUGGACUAAAUGCAAAGGCACCAGGACCAGGUCUAGCUGGAGAAUUUACCAGAGCUGCAGGUUUCUUAGCCUACUAUGAGAUCUGUGAUCGAGUGAAAAAUCAAGGCUGGGAAGUUGUUCAAGACGAAAAGGGUCGCAUGGGACCAUAUGCUCGCAAGGGUAACCAAUGGGUGUCAUUCGAUGACCCGGCAAUGAUCCGUAAGAAGUCCCAGCUAGUUCGGGCUUUGAAUCUUGGAGGAGGAAUGGUCUGGGCUUUGGAUUUGGAUGAUUUCAAGAACCGUUGUGGUGAUGGAGUUCAUCCUCUGCUGACACAAAUUCAUGAUGUUCUCAAGACUUCACCAAGUGGUUAUGAACCAACACCUGGAUUGAUAAACUUAGAUGAACCAGAAGUGCCUGCAGAACCUGCACAACCUGUUGAACACAACGAAGGAGGAAAGCCUCCAUCAAACAUGGAAACAAUCGAAGAAAUUCAAUCGAAUGAAGAAGUUCCAGCAAAUAUCGAAACCAUUGAUAACGUCGAUAAUGAACUUCCUUACGAUCCUAACAGCGAGGUCGAUCAAGGCGAAGAAGAAGGUUCCUAUGAGAUUUCAUCCGACUCUGACAUGGACUUUAAGGUUGUUUGUUACUUCACCAACUGGGCCUGGUACCGCCAAGGCGGUGGUAAAUUCGUUCCCGAGGAUAUCGAUGCUGAGCUAUGUACGCACAUUGUUUAUGGCUUUGCUGUCUUGAACCGGGAAACUCUGACCAUUCAACCACACGACUCUUGGGCCGACAUGGACAAUAAGUUCUACGAACGGGUGACAACUUUCAAGGCCAAGAAGGUUAAGGUAACAGUUGCAAUUGGAGGUUGGAAUGAUUCGGCUGGAGAUAAGUAUGCUCGCUUGGUCAAGGACGCCAGAGCAAGAGCUAGAUUCAUCAAACACGUUGUGGAAUUCAUCGAGAAGUAUAACUUUGAUGGUUUAGACUUGGACUGGGAAUAUCCAGUGUGCUGGCAGGUGGAUUGUAACAAGGGUUCAAUGGAUGAGAAAGAAGGUUUCGCAGCACUGGUUCGUGAAAUCUCUGAGGAAUUCAAGCCACGGGGACUUCUUUUGUCAUCAGCUGUAUCUCCCAACAAGAAGGUCAUCGAUGCUGGAUACGAUGUGCCAGUGCUUUCGAAAUACUUCGACUGGAUUGCUGUUAUGACUUACGAUUUCCAUGGGCAAUGGGACAAGAAGACUGGUCAUGUAGCUCCUAUGUAUGGUCAUCCCGAUGAUGAUCCAACAUUUAAUGCAAACUUCUCGAUCAGCUAUUGGAUAAAUCAAGGAGCCGAUCGCAGAAAGAUCAUCAUGGGUAUGCCAAUGUAUGGACAAUCAUUCUCAUUGGCUCAAGCCAAUGGUCAUGAUUUGAACGCCCCAACUUAUGGUGGUGGAGAAGCUGGAGAAGCCACUCGGGCUCGAGGAUUCCUUUCGUACUAUGAAAUUUGCAACAACAUUCGAAACAAGAAUUGGCAUGUAGUGAGAGAUCCUCGUGGACGCAUGGGUCCUUAUGCAUAUCUUCGGGAUCAAUGGGUAUCAUUCGAUGAUGUACCAAUGAUUCGGCACAAGAGUGAGUAUGUAAAGGCUAUGGGUCUUGGAGGUGCUAUGAUCUGGGCUCUGGAUUUGGAUGACUUUAAGAACAAAUGUGACUGUGAGUCGUAUCCGCUGUUGAAGACAAUUAAUAGAGUUUUGAGGAAGUACCCAGGACCUCAGCCACAGUGCAAGCUUGAGGAUAAGUCAGAAAUUGCAAACCUUAGUUCAGAUACAGAUCGCUAUGUGGCUCCAUCAGUGGAAGUCACAACCAAACAGACUCCAGUGAUUGUUCGAGAGACAUCUUUGAAACCUGUGGUCUACACUGAACCCGAAGAACUGGAAGAGUCAGCAGAGGAACAAGAAAACUUUGAGAACUCCGAAUCAGAGGAUAUGAGCUGCCAUGGACGAAACUUUGUGGCACACAAGAGGGAUUGUAACAAAUACUACGUUUGUCAAUUUGGAGGACUAAUUGAACAAAGAUGUCCUGAUGGUCUUCAUUGGAAUGAAAACUAUUGCGAUUGGCCACAAAAUUCUCAAUGUAGUGUAACUGAUUCCAGAACUACAACAACCGUGAGACCUAAACCUGUAACCAAGCCUACGAAGAAGCCAGUUCUAGCAACAACAAAGAAACCAACUUCUACACCAACAAAGAAACCCGAUAAGAAACGUCCUCCUAUAAAGCCCUCUGCCGAUGAGCAAUAUAAGGUGGUUUGCUACUUCACUAACUGGGCGUGGUACAGACCAGGCGAGGGCAAGUUUGUUCCCGAGGAUAUUGACGAAAACCUCUGUACGCACAUUGUCUAUGGAUUUGCAGUUCUGAACAGAGACAGUCUUACCAUCAAAACUCAUGAUUCCUGGGCUGAUGUCGAUAACAAGUUCUACGAAAGGGUAGUGGCCUACAAGGAAAAGGGCAUUCGUGUGACUGUGGCCAUUGGUGGAUGGAAUGAUUCUCUAGGAAACAAAUACUCCCGAUUGGUGCUAGAUCCUCAGGCCAGAGCUAGGUUUAUAAAGAGUGUUCUUGACUUUGUGGAUAAAUACGGUUUUGAAGGUCUUGACUUGGAUUGGGAAUAUCCAGUGUGCUGGCAGGUUGACUGUGAUAAGGGAUCUCCCGAGGAAAAGGCUGGAUUUGCAGCUUUGGUUCGCGAGCUUUCGGAGGAAUUUAAGCCUCGAGGACUACUUCUGUCUUCGGCAGUGUCCCCAAGUAAGAAGGUCAUUGAUGCUGGUUAUGAUGUCCCAACACUGGCACGCUACUUUGAUUGGAUAGCUGUAAUGACAUAUGACUUCCAUGGACAUUGGGACAAGAAAACCGGACAUGUUGCUCCUUUGUACUACGUGGAAGGUGAUUCCUAUGACUACUUCAAUGCUAACUUCAGUAUGAACUACUGGAUCGAAAAGGGAACACCACCAAAGAAACUUGUCAUGGGAAUGCCACUUUAUGGACAAUCAUUCUCCCUGGCCGAUUCUUCAUCACGAGGCUUGAACGAGAAGACCUAUGGACCUGGAGAAGCAGGCAAAUUUACACGUGCCGGUGGAUUCUUGGCUUACUAUGAAAUCUGUGAGAAUGUCAACAGCGGUGGAUGGACUGUGGUUCGAGAUGAUGAAGGUCGUAUCGGACCCUACGCCUAUCGUGGCAAUCAAUGGGUUUCGUAUGAUGAUGUUGCUGAGAUUCGAAGAAAAUCACAAUUUGUCAAAGAUUUGGGUCUUGGUGGUGGAAUGGUUUGGGCAUUGGAUUUGGAUGAUUUCCGUGGACGAUGCGGUUGUGGUAAACAUCCAUUGUUGAGAACAAUGAACCAAGAGCUGAGAGGUAUACCAGGACAAAGAGCUAACGAUUGUACAUGAUGAGAAUUAUUCUAAGAAAGUCUACAAAAACAAAAUCUAUGGUGUUGGAUGCGAAUUGGGGAUGGAAUCUGUUUUUGAGAUUUCAUAUUUAUAUAGAUAUUUUAGAAAACACACAAAGAACGAUUGAGUCUUUGGAGUUAAGAGGUUUGAAAAGGCCUAUCCAUAACAGUGUAUUUACCUUAAUAUACUGUUAUUACUCAAAAUUCUUAUCUAAGUACAUGAUCUAUUAUGUAAGCAUAUAAUUUAUAACGGUAAACGAAUAAAAUCAAACUUAAAUAAAACAAAAAACUAAUUUAAAAAAACAAAAA